GUCCAUCAUAAUCCCUCUUGGUGGCUCGCCAUCACCAUCAUUAGCAGAAUAAGUAGCAGCAUCAUCAUCACGAUCACCACCAUGAUCACCACGGCAAAACAGCGCCACCAGCCCGGGGUGCACCCGCACCGAAAUAGCUUUUGGGAGUCUGUAGCAAAAAGCAUUCCUCUAAGUAACGGCUUGGCCGCUCUGCUCAUCACCGGACUCCAAGAGCUCUUCAACCACAUCACCGACUGCCCCUGCAACUUUGGCGUGGCGUUCGGCUGGCUCACGCUCCUGGGCCCCGUCGUCAUCAUGGUCGUGUCCCUCGCCACCCCCGUCUGGAAGGCGUGCGGAGCUCAGCGGGACCACGCCGCGGGGACGCGUCUCGCGCGCUACGUCGUGCUCACGUUCGUGGCCUCCGUGGUGUGGCUCUGCGUGGCGCUGCUGAACUCCAAAGCCGUGUGCUGCAUCCGAGGCGGCUACCCCGGAGACUCGCCGUGUCUCCACAGCAUAGCAAACUACGAGAAGGGCAUACCUGGCGUGGUGCAAAACGAGGAGUGCAUUUCCGACUCUCGGCUCGCUGGAGUGAUCGUGAUGAUGGUGGGAGGAGCCACCUCCGCCAUCAUCCUUGGGGUCGUUCACGUCAAAUACGGACGUCUAGGAGACAACGGGAAUGGAGACUGGACCUUAGAGACACUGAAUCAAUCGAGGAAUCAGGGACAUCACAGCGAGCACUGAGGGUUUGUCACGACUGCUUGGCUCGGCAAAACAUCGGCGGUGGCCGAGCUACGGAAGAAUGAAACGCAAGUGCAGGCCAAUAGGAUGCACACAGAGUAUCGGGUACCGCAGGUGAAACAAAUUGUGGUGAUAAAUUCCUUGAUAAGAAGC